UUGUUUAUAAUCGAUUUAAAUUCAUUUCGAUUUAUAUAUUUUUUUUAGUCAUUCAGUGUUGAAUAUUAACAUUUGUGCCAGUUUUGCUAUUUCGUUUUUUUUUGUUCAACUUUUGCAUCAAAGUAACCAAAAUUCUACUUAAGGAAUGAGUGUAAUUUUUUCUGCACGGCUGCCAUGCAUUCGAUCAUGAAAUUGAUUUAAAGUCCCAGGCAAGAGUUUUCUUUGCAGCGCAAUCAAUCAUAUAUGGGAUUUUUGUGUUUUUAUCACAUAUCAACAUAUUACUUGCGAACAAUCAUAAAGCAACGCUAAGUUUGAUAUCACAUUAUCAACCAAAAAAAUUCAAAAUCAUGUUGUUUUUAAUGUGUCUGAUCUCUUUGUUGUUACCACACUCAAUGAGCAUAUCCAUUUCGUCGUCGUCAUCAUCAUCAUCGUCGUUACUAUCAUCCGCAUCAACAGUACAAUCAACAGGAACGCAAACAGAACGAACGAUACACAGAUUUAAUUGUACGUCCAAGGAAAUCGAAUGUGACGAAUCAAAAGCAAGAGCCGUUUGCGGCACGGACAAUCAAACCUAUACCACACGAUGUCAUUUACUUCGAGCACAAUGUGCCGGCCACAAAGCGAGUUUGAAACAUCGUGGUCCAUGCAAAGAAUAUUAUUCGUACACAGAGUGUCUGGAAACUCGUACAUAUGCGAUAGCACAUCGAUCGUCAUCACAUAAGAAAUUUGUGCCAAGAUGUCGAUCCGAUGGCACAUAUGCAGCGAUUCAGUGUAUGGGAGGUGCGGGUUGUUGGUGUUCGGAUGGUCAAGGUAAACCAAUACCGAAUACGACGACAACAAGUGGUAAACCAAUAUGCCCGAAAAUCGGUAAAGUGAAUAUUCGACGAUCACCAGCACGAACUCAAAGUGUUAAUCGAACAAAAAAUCGUAGCCGUGUCUGUCGACGAAAUGAUCAACGUUUAUUUAACAGUAAUUUAUUAAAAAGUUUCUACGGUGAAUACAGUCGAGCUCAUCCAAUGGAAAAUAUGCCGACCGAUAAUAUCGUCCUUGAUUGGAAAUUUAACCAAUUGGAUGUCAACAAAGACGAUAAAAUACAUAAGUUGGAAUUCCGAGAGAUGAGGCGAUUGGUACGAAAGGCAGUAAAACCAAAACGAUGUGCUCGUCUUUUUGGCAAACAGCUUAGCUGUGAUUCUGAUUUCGAUGAAAAACUGUCGCGACAAGAAUGGUUGAAUUGCUUAACAAGGGAAAAGUACAUUCCGGAUCACAAUACCAGCGGACUACCAGGUGGCGAUGAUUAUGAGGAAAGCGGAGAGGAUGAAUACGAUGACGAUGAUGACGAUGAUGACCACACCAAUGAUCGUAAAACAUUUCCAUUUUUCACACCAGUUACACCAUAUCCACCCGUAUACCUGCUUCGAUCGAAAACAAUUGUGGAAACUGAUCCAGUAUUACGCGAAGCCGACACUGAAUCUGAUUGCCUAACCGAUCGAGCAGCUGCAUUGGAUGAACAAAAAAAUGGUGCUCAGGCGUACAUACCCGAAUGUACAUCUGAUGGACGUUAUCAACGAAUUCAAUGCUAUCGUUCGGUUGGGUACUGUUGGUGCGUUCACGAAGAUACUGGCAAAAAUAUACCAGGCACAUCCAUUAAAGAUGGUCGACCGGAUUGUGCAAUAAAUGUUUCGAGGCCGAUGAAAGGAUGUCCAGAACCGCGAAAACUUGAAUUUCUCAAAGAGCUCAAGGAGUUUUUGCGGUCUCAGGUUGCCACAGCCAAUAGUGCCAAUGCAACAAAUUGGUCGAGCGAAGAUGAAAGAGUGGCCACUUUGAGUUUUGUACUAAUUGACAAAAAUAAGAAUAAAAUUUGGGAACGAAAAGAAUGGAAAAUAUUUCGAGAGCUUGUCACCGCUGCAAGUGUAUUGAAAAAAUGUGGCAAAAAAAUGCCACGAUAUUGUGAUGUAAAUAAUGAUAAACGGAUUACCUUAUCUGAGUGGCUGAAUUGUCUUCAGGUGCAAACGAAUGUGCACAAAUCAAAAACAUCUGACACAAAUCAACAACGACCGACACAGAGCGCCUUGAAACUCAAAGGUCCCAACCCACUCGAGUCCUAUUUGAAAAGUGAUUGAAAUAAAUUAUGGACAAUAAAUACAUAGUCUUAAUGUUUAAGUAAUUUAAUUUUUUUUCGCUAUCAGAACAAGAAUCAUGAAUUUUUUAUGCCAUAUUAUUUCUUUAUUUUCACUAUUGCAUUUAAAGCGAUACCAGUAUUUAUGUAACCAUGAAAGUUGUCUUGAAUGAGAGAGUAUUAGGAGUUCGAAAUGAUAAUUGAGCGAAAGAGCAUAAAGUGUCAUUUUUGCAAGGAUGACAAUUAAAUGCAGUAUGCAUGAUUUAUAAACAAAAUCAAACGAAAUACAAGGGAUUCAAAAUUUAUAUGUAAUUUUUUUAAAAGUUUAAGAAAUUUUUUUUGUGUUGGCAUUUAUCAAAUAAUAUCAUAUGUUUAGUUCAUCCAGUGAUUUCGAUUUUCCGAAACUUGUGAAUCAUGUAAAAAGAAAUACUCAUUUCAUUCAGCAAUCGUAGUAGCAAAUGUGACGAUUUUUUGAAUUGAAUUGAGAAAGAGAAAAAGAAAAAAAAGAAGUAAAAAUCUUAAUACAUUAUAAUAAAAACAAAAAAAUGAAACUUAUUUAAUUUGGUUAUAGUAUUAAAUUGAUGCAGCAGCAGCAGCAGCACAUCGAAAGACUCUAUGUCCUAGAUUUAAAAUCGACUAACAUCUUUUCUAAGAAUUAAGCUUAUAAACAUCAUUUGUUUGAUUUACAUAUGCCAAUUGUGCAUGUUAGUUGGCCAAGUAAAAAUGAAAAGUUCUGAAAAGCGAAAACAUGCAAAAAUAACGUUUUCAAAUCACAUGCAAAUAAUAAUAAAGUGAAAUAAUCAUACCAUUGAACUUUGAAAACAAAAACAAGAAAAAAACAAAAUUCGAAAUUCCACAAAACCCAAUUUCCAAAAGGAAAAA